UAUCUCUCUGCUGUUCCCCGAGAGAUAAACAGCCAAUGCCGGGUCGCUUCCCUUCCUGAACCUCCCGCACCUGUCGAACCACUUUCCGCAUCCAGGCCCAACCGUGGGUCGCCCUCUGAGCUGUGCCAGCUCAAGCUUCCUCAAGCUCUGUCCAGGCUCACCGCAAUAAUACCGGCACGGUCGCACCCCCGCCGCCUGCCCCUUCCCUUCGUGGACCCUUGAGAUACCCAUCGCUCUUUUCUUUCCUCUAGAUACCCCAUUGCGUGUCGAGCGCUCUCACACCUCCUCUUCUCCCCUCCCUCCGCCUAGACCCCUCCCGCCGCCGCCAUGCGUCCCGAGGUCGAGCAAGAGCUCUCGCACACGCUGCUCAUCGAGCUGCUCGCAUACCAAUUCGCCUCGCCCGUGAGGUGGAUCGAGACGCAGGAUGUCGUCCUCGGCGAGAAGACGACGGAGCGCAUCGUCGAGGUCGGCCCUGCCGACACGCUGGGUGUCAUGGCGAAGCGAACCCUCGCCUCCAAGUACGAAGCACACGACGCCGCCCUCUCGGUGCAACGCCAGAUCCUGUGCUACAACAAGGACGCGAAGGACAUCUACUACGAUGUGGACCCUGUAGAAGACGAGCCAGAGCCCGCCGCGCCCAGCGGAGAUGCUCCAGCUGCGUCUUCGUCAGCGCCCACCGCCGCCGCGCCUGCUGCAGCACCCCCACCACCUAGCGCAGGUCCCGCAGCACAGGUCCCGGAUGCCCCAGUCACGGCAACCGACAUCCUGCGGGCGCUCGUUGCUCAGAAGCUGAAGAAGCCUCUGGCCGACGUUCCCCUCAGCAAGGCGAUCAAAGAUCUUGUUGGAGGCAAGUCCACCCUACAGAAUGAGAUCCUCGGAGACUUGGGCAAGGAGUUUGGCUCAACACCUGAGAAGCCGGAAGACACACCCUUGGACGAGUUAGGUGCCGCGAUGCAGGCGACCUUCAAUGGUCAGCUUGGCAAGCAGUCCUCCUCGCUCAUUGCCCGCCUGGUGUCAUCUAAGAUGCCUGGUGGCUUCAACAUCACAUCAGUCCGCAAGCACCUCGAGACCCGGUGGGGUUUGGCACAAGGACGCCAGGACGGUGUUCUGCUGCUUGCGCUCACAAAUGAGCCCGCUGCCCGUCUUGGAUCGGAGAACGACGCGAAAGCGUGGUUGGACGACAUUUCGAACAAAUACGCGGCACAGGCUGGCAUUAGCCUCUCUGCUCCGGCAGCAGGUGGCGAUGCCGGUGGUGCGGCAGGAGGCAUGAUGAUGGACCCCGCUGCCAUCGAUGCUCUCACCAAGGACCAGCGCCAAUUGUUCAAGCAACAGCUCGAGCUCUUCGCGCGUUAUCUGAAGAUGGACCUGCGCGCCGGCGACAAGGCAUUCCUCGACUCCCAGAAGGCCUCUUCUGCACUCCAAGCGCAGCUGGACCUCUGGACUGCCGAGCACGGAGACUUCUAUGCUUCUGGCAUUGAGCCCCAAUUCACACCGCUCAAGGCUCGUGUUUACGACUCGUCGUGGAACUGGGCCCGCCAGGAUGCCCUCAGCAUGUACUAUGAUAUCAUCUUUGGCCGGCUCAAGGCCGUCGAUCGCGAGAUUGUCAGCCGCUGUAUCCAGAUCAUGAACCGCUCAAAUCCUUUGCUGCUCGACUUCAUGCAAUACCACAUCGACCACUGCCCAACGGAACGUGGCGAGACAUACGAGCUUGCCAAGGAGCUCGGUCAGCAGCUCAUCGAAAACUGCAAGGAUGUUCUCAACGAAGCCCCCGUGUUCAAGGAUGUUGCUGUACCUACUGGCCCCCACUUGGAGAUUGAUGCCAAGGGUGGCAUGAACUACGCCGAGGUACAAAGGCCAAGCGUACGCAAGCUGGAGCAUUACGUCAAGGAGAUGGCUGAAGGCGGCAAGUUGUCCGAAUAUGGCAACCGCACCAAGGUCCAGAAUGACCUGCAGCGUAUCUACAAGCUCAUCAAGCAACAGCACAAGCUUUCCAAGUCGUCGCAGCUGCAGAUCAAGAGCUUAUACAGCAACGUCAUCCGUUCCUUGUCGAUGAACGAAGGCCAGAUCAUUCCCAAUGAGAACGGCAAGGCUAUCAACGGCAAGAAGGGUCGCAAUGGUCGUGUGCAUGCUCCUUCGAAGCAGGGCAAGGUCGAGACAGUCCCAUUCCUUCACUUGAAGAGGAAGGACGACCAUGGCUGGGAGUACAGCAAGAAGCUCACAGGCGUCUACCUCGACUGCCUUGAAAGUGCUGCCAAGGACGGUGUCACCUUCCAGGGCAAAUACGCUUUGAUGACUGGUGCUGGUGCUGGGUCCAUCGGUGCAGAGGUCCUCCAGGGCUUGAUCAGCGGUGGCGCCCACGUCGUCGUGACCACUUCGCGCUUCUCUCGUGAAGUCAACGAGUACUACCAGUCCAUGUACACUCGCUAUGGUGCUCGUGGCUCUCAGCUUAUCGUAGUUCCCUUCAACCAGGGCAGCAAGCAGGAUGUUGAGGCCCUGGUCGACUACAUCUUCGAUGCCAAGAAUGGUCUCGGAUGGGAUCUCGACUACAUUGUUCCUUUCGCUGCCAUCUCGGAGAAUGGACGCGAGAUUGACGGCUUGGAUUCCAAAUCUGAACUUGCUCACCGCAUCAUGUUGACCAACCUGCUUCGUCUGCUCGGUGCUGUCAAGACUCAGAAGGCCGCAUACGGUUACGAGACAAGACCGGCACAAGUUAUCCUCCCUCUUUCGCCCAACCACGGAACCUUCGGCAACGACGGUUUGUACGCCGAGUCCAAGAUUGCCUUGGAAACCCUCUUCAGCAGGUGGCACUCUGAAAGCUGGGGCAGCUUCCUCACCAUCUGCGGAGCCAUCAUUGGCUGGACCCGUGGUACCGGACUGAUGGCCGGUAACAACAUCGUCGCUGAGGGUGUGGAGAAGUACGGUGUCCGCACCUUCAGCCAGCAGGAGAUGGCCUUCAACUUGCUCGGCCUGAUGGCGCCUCCCAUUGUAAACCUUUGCCAGAUUGAGCCUGUUUGGGCUGAUCUGAACGGAGGUUUCCAAUACAUUCCUAACCUCAAGGACCUCAUGACUGAUCUCCGCAAAGAGUACACAGAGACCAGUGAGGUUCGCAAGGCCGUCAUCAAGGAGAAUGCCAUUGAGAACAAGAUCGUCAACGGCGAGGCCAGCGAAGCGCUGUACAAGAAGGCCACCGUCGAACCGAGAGCCAACAUCAAGUACGACUUCCCUAAGCUUCCUGAUUGGGAGAGCGAAGUAAAGCCUCUCAACGAAGACCUCAAGGGAAUGGUCGAUCUCGAGAAGGUGGUUGUCGUAACCGGUUUCGCUGAGAUUGGUCCCUGGGGUAAUUCCAGGACGCGAUGGGAGAUGGAAGCGUACGGCGAGUUCUCCCUCGAGGGCUGUGUCGAGAUGGCCUGGAUGACUGGUCUCAUCAAGAACCACAACGGCCCGCUCAAGGGCAAGAGCUACUCUGGUUGGGUGGAUGCCAAGACUGGAGAGCCAGUCGAUGACAAGGACAUCAAGUCCAAGUACGAGAAGCACAUCCUUGAGCACUCGGGUAUCCGUCUCAUUGAACCUGAGCUCUUCCAUGGAUAUGACCCCACCAAGAAGCAGCUUCUCCAGGAGAUCCAAGUCGAAGAGGAUCUUGAUCCUUUUGAGGCUUCCAAGGAGAAUGCUGACGAGUUCAAGCGACAGCACGGUGACAAGGUAGAGAUCUUCGAGAUCCCGGAUUCUGGAGAGUACACUGUCCGCUUAAAAAAGGGUGCGACGUUGUUGAUCCCCAAGGCGCUCCGCUUCGACCGCCUUGUUGCUGGCCAGGUCCCCACUGGCUGGAACGCGAAGAUAUAUGGUAUCCCAGACGACAUCAUUUCCCAAGUCGACCCUGUGACGCUUUAUGUUCUCGUCUCCACGGCUGAGUGUCUGCUCUCCAGCGGUAUUACCGACCCGUACGAGUUCUACAAGUACGUCCACUUGUCUGAAGUUGGCAACUGUAUUGGUUCCGGUAUCGGUGGUACGACCGCCCUUCGUGGCAUGUACAAGGACCGCUUCCUCGACAAGCCUGUUCAGAAGGACAUUCUGCAGGAGUCGUUCAUCAACACGAUGAGUGCAUGGAUCAACAUGUUACUCAUGUCGUCCACUGGACCUAUCAAGACUCCAGUCGGUGCUUGCGCCACUGCCGUAGAGUCCAUCGAUAUUGGAUACGACACUAUUGUUGAAGGCAAGGCUCGUGUCUGCUUUGUUGGUGGUUUCGAUGACUUCCAAGAGGAAGGGUCUUACGAAUUCGCCAACAUGAAGGCCACGAGCAACGCUGAAGACGAAUUUGCUCACGGUCGCACACCUCAGGAAAUGUCUCGUCCGACUACGACCACCCGAAACGGCUUCAUGGAGUCUCAGGGCUGCGGUAUGCAAGUGAUCAUGGACGCUCGCCUUGCCAUCGACAUGGGAGUUCCUAUCUACGGUGUCCUUGGUUUCACUGCCACGGCCACUGACAAGAUCGGACGUUCGGUUCCUGCUCCCGGUAAGGGUGUGUUGACCACUGCUCGUGAGGUGCCCUCCAAGUUCCCGUCGCCCCUGCUGGACAUCAAGUACCGAAAGAGACAGAUGGAUCUCCGCCGGAAGCAGAUCAAGCAAUGGCAGGAAUCCGAGUUGAUGUACCUCCAGGAGGAAGUGGCCGCGAUGAAGGAUGCUGCUGAGAGCUUCGAUGAGUCAGAGUAUUUGCAGGAGCGUGCUGCUCACAUUGAGCGUGAAGCCAAGCGACAAGAAAAGGAUGCCCUCAACAGCCUCGGAAACAACUUCUGGAAACAGGACUCCCGCAUUGCUCCUCUCCGUGGUGCCCUUGCUACUUGGGGUCUCACUAUUGAUGACCUCGACGUUGCCUCUUUCCACGGUACUUCCACCGUCGCCAAUGACAAGAACGAGUCGGAUGUCAUUUGCCAGCAAAUGCGCCACCUCGGUCGGUCAAAGGGCAAUGCGCUUUUGGGUAUCUUCCAGAAGUAUCUCACCGGUCAUCCCAAGGGUGCUGCAGGUGCAUGGAUGUUCAACGGCUGCUUGCAAGUCCUCAACUCAGGUCUUGUACCGGGCAAUCGCAACGCAGACAAUGUCGACAAGAUCAUGGAAAAAUUCGACUACAUUGUCUAUCCAUCCCGGACUAUUCAGACAGACGGUAUCAAGGCCUUUUCAGUCACGUCUUUCGGUUUCGGUCAGAAGGGUGCCCAGGCGAUUGGUAUCCACCCGAAGUACCUGUAUGCUGCGCUUGACCACAAUGAGUUUGCGACCUACAAGGCCAAGGUGGAAGCUCGUCAGAAGACUGCUUACCGUUACUUCCACGAUGCCCUCAUCAACAACACCAUGUUCCGUGCCAAGGACAAGUCGCCCUACGAGGAGGAGAGGAUGCAGGAGGUCUUCCUCAACCCCAGGGCGCGUGUCACCGUCGACCAGAAGACGAAGAAGUACACCUUCCCCAAGAACCUCGACACGGGUGCACUCAAGAAGGACGCAAAGGCACAGGAGACACAGAAAAUGCUCGAGUCAAUCACUCAAGCAUCUGCCUCCGCAAACACCAAGGUCGGUGUCGAUGUUGAGCGCAUCGAUGCUAUCAACAUCGAAAACGACACCUUCCUGGAGCGAAAUUUCACUGCGCAAGAGAUCGCGUACUGCCAAAAGGCUGCGAGCCCGCAGUCCAGUUUUGCGGGCAAGUGGUCCGCCAAGGAGGCUGUGUUCAAGUCGCUCGGUGUGAAGGGUCAGGGUGCUGGUGCCGCACUAAAGGACAUUGAAAUCGUCAACGACGAGAACGGCGCACCAGCUGUUAAGCUCUCCGGUAGCGCACAGCAAGAAGCCAAGCGCGUUGGCAUGAAGAAGGUCACAAUCAGCAUUAGCCACUCGGACGACCAAGCCGUCGCUGUCGCUGUUGCUUCCUUCUAGGAGAACCAAGGAUUGGCGAGAUAUCUGGCGAAGCAAGUUUAGACAGGAUUAGAUCAUUGUUUACCUUAAUUUCCUGGUAUGUUAGCCUGCCUGUGAGUAGAGGCGUAAUCGUACUUUUUUUUUUUUGGCGUGGUUGGCUUUUUGGAGCGUCCGUCGUCGCAACGUUGCCUCGGCACGUCUCUCGGGCUGUAUGUAUGUGUAGUAGAUAAUUAUUGGUAAGCGCGGCGAGCUGCGUGUAUAUUUUAAUGCAUCAUGUA